AUGUUGGGUCACGCGGGUUCAAGGAAACAUGGGCAAGAAGGCGCUCUUAUUCUAGGUUCUUGCUUCCAUUUAGAAAGUUUAUCGGCUGGUGUGUCUAGUGAGUUUGAUGGUGGUUGUAUCCGUGUGUCAAGGUCGAGUGUCGGAGAACGAAUGUUUGAAGUGAAGCUCAAGUCAGUUGGUGCUAAACCAUUGGGUCAAGGACUACGUCUCAUAUGUUCGAUAGGCGAAGCGGAUAGUUCGGAUCCAAAGCAAUUUACUGACCUGAAUUGGGUAGCAAGACGGGCACGAACAUUAAAGGUAGUUACGGAAGAUGGGAAUCCGCCGGAUAUUUCGGACCCCAUGCUUAAGGAAGUAUUCCGCAAUAUUGUAUUUGUUAGUUGCCGCGAGGUUGGCCUCUAUCCCCAUCAGGUUGGUGUGCCACUUGUUAUGUCCGUUAUGCGUGAAAUAUUCCAGAACUAUCUUGACUCCUUCACCGUCAAAGCAUUCCUUGACGAAUACAAACAGGACAUCCAACAACAUGACCAAUGGCAGACUACAAGUCGUAAACUCCAUCAACUAGCACGUGACCACGUACUCAAUCGUCAACCCGAAAAUGAAACCUGGUCGAAUGAUAUAGAUUCAGACACAGAUUCAGACGCAGAUUCAGACACAGAUUCUGACGACUUCAUGAUCCUGGAAAAAUGCACAACUGCACAAGAGAAAACCUGGCUCACAAUACCCACUGCGGUCAACAACAUAAUACGACCCGUGACCGACAUAAUUGGUGCAACCUGGCGCUGGAUACACCAAGACACCGAAGUUAGUGAUGAUGACAACUUUUGA